AUGACCGAUUAUUCGACAUGGAAGGUCACCGACCUGAAGGCGGAGCUGAAGCGACGUGGUAUCCCCCAGACCGGGUUGCGCUUGAAAAAGGAAAUAAUCGAAAAAUUAGAGGCAGAGGAUACUAAGGGUUCAGCAGGAGGCGUACAAGAGGCCACUACUGCUGAGCCAGAGCGAGACGGGCAGGAAACGUCGCAACCCGGCGAACCCGGCGAACCAGAAACCCCAAUCGCAACCGAGAAAGCGGACGAUGAUGGCGCGCAGACGCAAGACACCGCAGCUGCUCCAGCUGCCCAGUCCGAGCCGACGGUGGCUGAAGAGAAGCUAAACGGACUCAUAACCCAAACGUCUCCACCGAAGCCUGACGGUUCAACCGGCCAACCCUCACAACAUUCGCAGGCGCAAGAGCCGCAAGCAGAAGCGGAUGAAUCUCAGCAGAGCAAUAAAGAAAGUGACGCUUCUGCCAAGGAACCAGAAGCAGAGAUUGCCACCCAGCCGGCGGAGGAGAAGGCGGAGGAGAAGGAAACGAGAACCAAUGUCGAGGACGAAUCCCAAACCGAAGCCCUUAGCAAGCCAGUUGAGCAGGCUCCUGGCACUACUGAUGAGGCAGAGCCCAAAAUCGUACAAGAUGGCGGGAAAAAAACAGAGCCUACCGAUACGCAAGUCGCUGCUCUUGGAGCCCAAACGCCUGGGGUCAACACGGGAUUAUCGACCCCCCUCCCCGCGGAGGAGCUUAUUGACGACGUCCGAAAGAGGAAGCGUCGCAGUCAAAGUCCUGCUCCUCAUCUGGAAGAGGUUGCAAGAAAGAAAGCUAAAUCCGCGGAGAAAUCCGCAUUGCCGACCCCCGAUGAAUCCAUAUCCGCCUCGCACGAUGAUAUGCAGCAGCCGCCCGUCCAGAGUCCAACUCCGGAGGGGAAAAGCCCCGAGACGCCAGCCAAAAAGAAUACACCACAAAAACAGGAUGUGCGCUUCAAAGGCUUAUUUAAUUCUAUUGGACCAGAAAGGACCCGACCGCCACAGCCACCGGUUGAUACAGAGAUGGAGGACGUCACAGUUGAACCCGCUCUACAUGCUGCCACCGCUGCAUUGUAUAUAGACGGCCUUAUGCGACCACUCCAACCUGCUGCCCUCAAGAACCACCUGCUCUCGGUUGCAUCUCCCCCAGGGGAGUCACCAAACCCCGAUCUGAUCGUCGAUUUCUACCUGGAUCCCAUUAAGACUCAUUGUUUUGUCACGUUCGUCGAUGUUUCGACAGCAUCUCGCGCACGUAGCUCUCUUCACGGUACAGUAUGGCCGGAUGAAAAGAACCGAAAGAGCCUUUUUGUCGAUUUUAUUCCCGAGCACAAAGUCCAGGACUGGAUUCGGAUGGAAGAGGAUGCCCGCGGUCAGCGUGGUCGCCCUCCCCGUUGGGAAGUUAAAUACAAGAGAGGUGACGAGGUUGAAGCGAUCCUCGAGCAGAUUGACCCUGAAAACGCUGGCACUCAUACCUCCCGUGGCUCAGCACCAAUCGAGCUUUCACAGCCCACGGACCGGCGCCCGAACGGGCCGUCCGAAACGGGCACUGGCUCUCUUCCUGCGCAAGGAUUCGAGUCACUGGACCAACUCUUCGAGUCGACUACUACGAAACCUAAACUCUUCUACCUUCCGGUCCCGCGAGCCGUUGCGGAUCGGCGCCUAGACAGAUUCGAUGACUUACUGCGGAAAGGCUCGUUUCCACGACGCGGCGGAGAUGAAACUCGCAAGUAUUCGUUCGUGGAUGACGACUCGUUUGUUGAUCUAGGGCCCGAGUUUGCCGGCCGUGGAAGAGGCGCAGCUCGAGGACGAGGCCGCGGUGGAGCAUUUGUUGACUCGCGAAGAGAUAGAAGGGACUGGGAUUAA